GUCUCCCGCGCGGCUUUCUAGAGAUAUCUACGGAAAGGGCGGAGCCUCCCAGGACUUUCGCGAUCCUUCCCGAGGCUGGCCCCGCCCUUCGUUGUUUCCCGGCCUGCGCCGACGAGUUCCCGCCUCUCCUUCCACACUCCCCCCGCGCGGUGGAGAACCGUUGGCUGGGUGACGGUUCGGCCUUGCGUCUUGGGCGCCUUGGGCACCUUGGGCUCCUUGACCUGAGAAACGGCAGCUUUGGGUAGUGGAAAACUGAGGCGCAGAGACGCAGAGAUUCUGGAGGCUUGAAAAGUAAAAUGGGGGAUUGGUUAUUCAUGAGGGAGUAACCAACCCACUGAAGAAACAUUCCACCAUAAAAAGAGAUAUGUGGAAAGUCUGUGCUGGUGGUGCUGUUGAUACUUGGCGGAAAAGGGCUAACUUGCGAAUCAAGGGCCUGGGAGCACCACACCAUUUUUCUGAAGGGGUGCAGGAGUAGCUUGGAAAUUCGGUGUUUGGCCUCGUGGAGGUGACAACAGGAAUAAGUGGAGUUAGUAUAUUCCAGGCAGGAGUCUUGGACAGUUGCAAACAUAAUACAAAACCAAUUCAGGGGCCGGACAUCGCACCCGUCGCCGGCACCAUGAAGAUAUGGACUUCAGAGCACGUCUUUGACCACCCAUGGGAAACUGUUACAACAGGUGCAAUGCAGAAAUACCCAAAUCCUAUGAACCCAAGUGUGGUUGGAGUUGAUGUAUUGGACAGACAUAUAGAUCCCUCUGGAAAGUUGCACAGCCACAGGCUUCUCAGCACAGAGUGGGGACUGCCUUCCAUUGUGAGAUCUAUUAUUGGUGCAGCAAGAACCAAAACAUAUGUUCAGGAACAUUCAGUAGUUGAUCCUGUAGAGAGAACAAUGGAACUUAAAUCUACUAAUAUUUCAUUUACAAAUAUGGUUUCAGUAGAUGAGAGACUUAUAUACAAACCACAUUCUCAAGACCCGGAAAAAACUGUUUUGACUCAAGAAGCCAUAAUCACUGUGAAAGGAGUCAGCCUCAGCAGUUACCUGGAAGGGCUGAUGGCAAGUACAAUUUCUUCAAAUGCUAAUAAAGGCCGAGAAGCAAUGGAAUGGGUAAUACAUAAAUUAAAUGCUGAGAUUGAAGAAUUGACGGCUUCAGCAAGAGGAAGCAUAAGGACACCGAUGGCGGCAGCAGCAUUUGUAGAGAAAUGACAGUGAAAAUCGGUGUAUAACAUCAGAUCCCCUGGGUCUUUCCAAGCUGGCUAUAUUUAUUUGUUAUUUAAAAAAAAAAAAAAAACUAUAUUUUAGGUGGACUUUUUUGUAAUAAGCUGGAGAACAAGUAUGUGAUUUUUGUUGAAAACAAAGAGGAGAUGCAGGGCUUCUAAGUAAAAGAGACCAGAAGAAAUUUGUGUUAUUUGAAAUGACCAUCUAAUUGUAAGGAUUCCAGUAUUUAUGUUAAAAUUUUACAAUUUUUGAAAAUUGGUAUUGGCAUAGUGAUGAAUCUCCUUAAGGUAGAAUUUUGAAGCUUUUCAUGCACUGGAACUCUACCUGGCUUUGGACCAACCCCAGAGCAAAGCAGAGCCACCUUUUCAUAUACAACCAUGAUUGCCCUACUGCAUUAAACUUCAACAGUUGACAUGAGAACUCACUUUAAAAGGAGAAAUUGUAACUUCCAAAAGCAUGUUAAUUUGUUUAAAAAAAAAAAAAAACAAAAAACUUGCUCUGCUCUAAACCACCAUUAAAAACCACAGUAUUUUGAUUUGGUACGUAAGUGAUAUUUUUGGAGUGAAAAUUAUCACUGAAGUAAUGUAUGACUCCAGCAAAAAUACGAAUUUAUUGUAUUAAAAGAGUACUGUAUUGAUUUGCCAAAUUUUUGUAACUUAGUAAAGAUAUUACCUUCCUUGGAUUUGUACUUCUAAAAGUCUUUAUGAUUUAGUAUGCUGUACUAUGGGCUGGUUAACUGAAAAAAUAAAGUCAUUACCUGAAUUUUGCAGCAUUAAACAUUAAACAGAAGAACAGCUGUUCACAUCUUUUAGCAUUUAACAUUUGCCUAACUUAUAAAUUGCCAUGUGUCAAAAUCAUGGUUCUGUAAUUGCUAAAGCAUGAUAUGUCAGGUUAUUUCAAUAUAAUUACUUUUUGAAGUAAUUGUGACCACAAAACAUCUUUUUUACAUGAAGAGCUGUACGUCACUUGAAAUUACUCAAAUGAUGUCUUGAUCUGAAGCAUAAAUCCCUGGUACUUAAUGUUUUUAAUAAUAUGGUGCCACUGCAGGGCAUGGGGGGUGGUGGGUAAGGAAAAAAAAAAAAAAAAAAAA